CCGAAAGUAUCGACCGUCCAUGUACUGGUUGAUUGUCCAGAACUGAAAAAUGUGACCGUGCAAACCGGUUCCGCGGCCGAUAUAGAUGACCACACACGGCUGACCACUCUAACGUGUACCAUACCGCUUUAUCAUCACACAUCCCUCCGAAUGGAAUGUGAGAAAUGGCAAAGACGACACCAACCCGGUGGGCGACUGGCGUCAAGACGUAUCGGUGAGAUGUUGCAACAAGGAAUUGAUGCUUGUGUGGACUUGAAGGUAUACUACAUUUGUGUGAAGCGACUUGUCGGUAUGAUGAAAAGAGCCAGUAUAUUUCAAUGCGGUCAGCUUUCCACCGCUAUCACUCAGACUAGUCGUUUGCUUUUGGAUUAUCAGCAAACCAAUUCCAAACAACUUUCCUUUGCAAAGUGUUUGACACAGGUGAGCGAUUUGACUCAGCAAAUGGCGCUCAAAUCCUUCCACAAGUUGUUAUCGAAAGUCUACGCGCUUGUCACGGAUCACCCACCAUCCAGCAUGACAACCACUGAAGCUGAAAAACUGCUACGUGGUAUCCGAAUCGUACGGAUAUUGGAGCGAGUGCAUAACCGUAUGCAGAAAGAUCACGGUGCUUUUUUCCGAUCCAUUUUGUCAGGAUCUAUUCCGUGGCACACGGUGCCCCUAUUAACCGAACCAGUGCUGGAUUUGGAAGGUCAGUGUUGUGACGAAUUUCUUCGGUUGUGCGUGGAACAAUUGCUAGCUCGGUACAAACAGGUCUCUGCAACCCGCGGCCGGAACUCGGAGGCCAGUGUAAAAGUGAUUUUGCUCCAACUGAAAUCCGAUUUGAAUGCGUUAAAACAAUCAACAAAGUACACUGGCACUCACUCAGUACACAAUUCACAAGUUAUUUUGGAUAGAUGA